GGGGUGUGAGGGGAUGAGAGCAAUCCAACACCUCCUGGUCACUCUGCUGUUACUGGGACCCGGCACUCAAGGGCUUCAGUGUUUAAAUGAUGUGGAUCCGUGUGUUAACGGUGGAAACUGCACGUCACAGACCAAUGGUACUGGAUUGUGUGUGUGUGCGUCUGACUACACAGGGGAGAGGUGUGAGCACUGGGACCCUUGCCUGGCCCCCCGCUGUCUGAACGGUGGCUCCUGCUCCCCCUCCCCCCAGCCACAGAAUGCCUCCGUCAGCUACGCUUGCAGCUGCCCCCCGAGCGUCACAGGCCAGCACUGCGAGACCCCCGUCACACACCCCUGUCUCAGCAACCCCUGCCUCAACAGCGCAACCUGCCAGAGGGUCUCACCGCACACUGCAACUGCACCUGUCAGCAUGGCUGGACAGGCUGACCCGUGUGCUGGAAGCCCGUGUAGACACGGGUCCCGCUGCCUGCCGAGCGGAGGACAUUUCCGUUGCCUGUGCCGGGCUGGCUACCGGGGGCCGGCGUGUGAGAUCGACGUGGACGAGUGCCAGGCUGGACCUUGCCUGAACGGUGGCACCUGCCUCAACCAACCCGGCUCGUACCGCUGUGCCUGUCCCCCUACCCACACCGGCCCUGCCUGCCAGACAACCACCGGUGCCUGUCUGCCCGGGUCCUGCCAGCACGGCGGAGCCUGCGUCCGGCGCACAGACCCCCACUCACCGUCUCGCUGUGUCUGCCCCGCCGCCUUUACUGGCCAUUACUGUGAGGUGAAUGUUGAUGACUGUCAGGGUCACCAAUGUCGGAACGGAGGCAGAUGUGUGGAUGGGAUUAACACGUACACCUGUCAUUGUCCACCACAGUGGGAAGGUCCUCUAUGCUCCCGGGAUGUGGUUGAGUGUGAGCAGCGGGGUGUGUGUGAGAACGGGGGAACGUGUAUCAACAUGGUGGGUGGCUAUGUGUGUGUGUGUGUGAACGGCUGGUCUGGGGAUCGCUGUACACACAAUAUCAAUGACUGCCGGGCAGCUCUGUGCUCAGAGGGAGCCACGUGCCAUGAUCGUGUGGCCAGCUUCACCUGUGAGUGCCCACCUGGUAGGACAGGUCUCCUGUGUCAGCUGAAUGACAGCUGUCUCCACAAUCCCUGUCACAAGGGAGCGAUCUGUGAUACCAACCCGAUCACCGGUCAGGCCAUCUGCCAUUGUCCACAGGGCUACACGGGACCCGUGUGCAAGAGUGACAUCAACGAGUGCUCGAUGGGAGCCAACCCGUGUGAGCACAGCGGGCGAUGCGAGAACACCAUGGGGUCCUUCUGGUGUCGGUGUCGGGCCGGGUACAGUGGGGCGCGGUGUGAGCUGGACAUCAAGGAGUGUCUCUCCAACCCUUGCCUCAACGGGGCUACCUGCCUGGAUGAGAUCGGGGAGUUCAAGUGCAUCUGCAUGUCAGGUUACGAGGGUAUUUUCUGUGAGAUUAACCGUAACGAGUGUCUGAGUAACCCUUGCCUGAACCGCGGGACAUGCCAAGACCGUGUCAAUGACGUGCUUUGUGAGUGUGCUCCAGGAUUCCAAGGGCUGAGGUGUGAAGAGGAUAUGGACGAGUGUGGCAGCGAUCCAUGCCUGAACAGGGGGACGUGUGUGGACGGACCUGGCAGCUUCCACUGCCAGUGCCAGGAAGGGUAUGAUGGGUCUCUGUGUGAAGAUGACAUUGAUGACUGUGCCGGGAGUCCCUGUCAUCACGGCACAUGCCUGGAUGGCGUGGCCUCGUACACGUGUGUCUGUAUCGUGGGUUACACGGGGAGAGCGUGCAGCCUGGAGGUGGACGAGUGUGCCAGCCAGCCCUGCCAACACGGGGCUCCCUGCCACGAUCUGCUCAACGCCUACCAGUGCCUGUGCCCUCCGGGAACCACAGGCUCUCGCUGUGCGACGCUGAUCGAUCCCUGUGCUGGGAGUCCGUGUAUGAACGGUGGGAGCUGUGUGGAGGCCGAUAACAACAGGAGCUUCUCCUGUCUGUGUCCCCAGGCAUUGAGCGGACGGCUGUGUGAGACGUGGCGAGACGUGUGCAGCUCUGAGCCGUGUUUCAACGGUGGAACAUGCGUGAUCGCUGGGCCAGACUUCAACUGCUCCUGUCCUCCCGGAUACAUCGGCAAGCACUGCGAGACAUACCGGGACCUCUGUACACCCAACACCUGCCAGAACGGGGGGACGUGCGAGGAGCAUCCGGGGGUCCGGGGAGGGAAGUGCAAUCACACCGGGAGCGAGUGCGGGGACAACCCCCAAUACGCCUGCCUCUGCCCGGCCGGCGUGACUGGAGCCCGGUGUGAGGAGUUGGUCACCGGCUGUACAUACAGCUCCUGUAUGAACGGCGGCACGCGUGUGCUGGGAGCGGCUCCCUCCUGUUGCGUGUGCACCGCGGGCUUCACGGGUGACCAGUGUGAGGCCGCGGUCAGCGAGUGCGAAGCCGGGCCAUGUCUGAACGGAGGAACCUGCCAACCCAGUCCUGGGCCCUACACGUGUGUCUGUCCCCAGAGCUACACAGGGAACAACUGCCAGACUGAGACUGACGCUUGCUCUGUGGCUGUAUGUAAGAAUGGUGGAGUGUGCGAGCCCAUUGCCAGCUCCUUCCUGUGUCGGUGCCCUGUUGCCUGGACGGGCAGCUACUGUGAGGUGCCCAGGAGCCUAUGUGAAAGGGUAGCGCUGGAACGAGGUGUGCCGGUGGAGGGGCUGUGCCUGAACGGCGGGAGGUGCGAGGAUGUGGGGGGCUCUCACGUCUGCCAGUGUGCGGAUGGCUUCAAGGGGACAACUUGCGAGGAGAUGCUCAACCGGUGUCAGCCCCAUCCCUGCCAUAGCACAGCCACCUGCGUGGACCUGAUCACCACCUACUCCUGCCAGUGUGCCCCUGGUUACCGUGGCAGGAACUGCUCUGUGGAGGAGGACGAGUGUGAGUCUCAGCCCUGCCUGAACGGUGGCUCCUGUGUCAACAUGGUCAAUGGAUUUCAGUGUGUGUGUCUGCGCGGCUCCCAGGGGCAACGCUGUGAGCAGGAUCCCGAUGAUUGCCUCCCUACACCCCCACCCUCGAGACCCCCACACUCCCAAACCCGCCCCCACCCCAGCUCGGAGCCCAAAUGCUACAACAGUGGUCAGUGCGUGGACGGGUUGGGGGGCUAUUCGUGCCGUUGCCAGGCGGGCUUUGUGGGCUCACGUUGUGAGGGGGAUGUGGACGAGUGUCUGUCUAACCCCUGUCACCACCCAGGCACUGACACAUGUCAACAGCUGCGCAAUGCCUAUCAGUGUGUGUGUAAACCUCAGUACACAGACCAUGUCACUCCUCUGAUGCUGAUGGCCUGUGGUGUAGGCUCGGAGCCUGGGGCCUGGGCUGGGGGUGUCCCGGAGCCUGGAGAGGCCUCAGUGGGUGCUGUGGGUGAGUUGCUGGGCCAGAGAACCAGCCUGGAGUCCCAGACGGAGCUGAGAGGGGAGACAGCCCUGCACCUCGCCUGCCGCUUCUCCCAGGCUGGAGUCGCUCACCGCUUGCUGGACCUGGGAGCCGACACCAACAGCCGCGAUCACUGGGGCCGCACAGCCCUGCACAGCGCUGUAGGGGCCGAUGCACUGCACAUCUGCCAGAUUCUCAUCAAGAACCGUUUGACGGAGCUGGAUGCCCGGACCCAGGAUGGGACCACUCCCCUCGCCCUCGCUGUGCGCCUGGAGCACAGCGAGAUCGUGGAUGAGCUCAUCAACUGUGGGGCUGAUGUCAAUGCCACUGACAAACAGGGUAAAUCCUCUCUGCACUGGGCGGCUGCGGUGGACAAUGCGGAGGCUGCUCUGUCCCUGCUCCAGCACGGCGCCAACCCCAACUUGCAGGACCUCAAGGGGGAGACUCCGCUGUUCACCGCCGCUCGGGAGGGCAGCCUGGAGACGGGGCGAAGACUGCUCAGCUACGGGGCCAAUAGGGAGCUGCCGGACCACCUGGGCCGGACCCCUGGCAACGUGGCAGCCGAGAGAGCCCAUCAUGACCUCGAGCAGCUACUACAGGAGCACAGCCCAGAGCAGGCCACAGCCAGGGUCUUUCCCUGCCCUCCCAUCCCCGCCCUUAACCCGGGCCUCCACCCCCCGCACAGUGGGAGGAGGCCUGGAGCCAAGGCCUCCAGUGAGCGGGAGACACAAGGCCUUAGCGCCCAGGCUCACAUACACCUGAGCCACACUCCCUGCCAGCCUCAGGCUCACGUCCCGACCGAUCUCUCUCCCAAUUACUGUCAGGCCUACUCUGGCCUGGUCUAUGCUGGACACUUGCCCUCAGGCGCCGGGCACUGCUGGCAUGGGGGAGGGGAUAGAGUGACGGACCGACCCUCAGGCCUAGGGGGAAAAUUCCUGGUGGGGACCGAGUGGGGGGCAGGCGGGCAACAGGGGCAGAGACACACCCCUGUAUCUGGCACCCACUCCAGGUCCCCCCACACUACCUGCUCCCGGCACACGCUCAGCUACCAUCCCACCUGCUCCCGGCCGGAGAAGGGGUCAGGGGGGCCGGGCUCUACCCCACGUCUCACGCCUAUCAGAGCUGUCCUUCCGACACCGACACAGAGCCUCCUCCGCACUUGCUCCUCCUCACGCCCUCCCCACAGUCACUCGAUGCAUGGUCGAGCCCCUCUCCUGACCCGAACCAAUCUGUCUGGUCCACUGGUGUACCCAGUCCUGGCUCGUAGCCAACCAUAA